CUUGGACCCAACUCGAUUUCGUAUCCUCCCACUCCUCCAACAUCUGGAUUCAUCCCUCGGCGAUUCGUGAAAUCGAAAGGCGUAGGUGGGACUUGUGUUGUUCAAUCUCUCGUUGUUGAAACACAGCCCUAGUCAUUAUUUGCAAGAUAUAAAAAGUCACUGCUGAGACCAACAAACUGGGAGAGUCUUGGGAUGACCAGUACCACUUCCCUACUCAAGUAUUCAUUCCCUCCACUAUGCCCAAUCCUAUGUCUCCACCUUUAAGCAGAACGCUCGUCAAGGCUUGUACACAAACAACUGUCCCAAAGAGAUUCUUCUCUGUGAGCAGAUCCAACAAGUCUGAUUUCACCCAUGCUGUCAUCGGCGGCGGGGCCGUAGGACUGGCGAUCGCUCGCCAACUCGCAAAGCGGAGCGGUACAAGCACCGUUCUAAUCGAACAACAUGGCACCGCGGGAACAGAAACCAGUUCUCGCAACAGCGAAGUGAUCCACGCGGGGCUAUACUAUGGACCUGACAGUCUCAAGACUCAGCUAUGUAUCCGCGGGAAACAUCUACUAUACGAAUUGGCAGAGAAACACCAAAUCCCGUUCCGGGCUACCAAGAAAUGGGUCCUCGCACAAGACGCCCAGCAGAUGGAACAAUUGGACUUGCUACACAAGUUCUCAAAGACCAUCGAUGUGCCGACGCAAUUCUUGACCCGAGAGCAAAUCGCCACACAAGAGGAUGAUGUUCGCGCCGAGGGCGGAGUUCUCGAAUCCCCAACCACAGGCAUCAUCGACUCGCACGCCUACAUGACCUAUCUCGAAGGAGACCUCCAAGAGCUUGAGGGUGAAGUCAUCUACAACACACGGGUGACGGGUCUGGAAGCCAUAGGACCUGGAGGUGGUGACAGCGGUGACGGGAAACAUGGAUACCGGAUUUCAACACGGACUCGCGACCAGAGCAAUCAGAGCGACGGCGACGAUGUCAGCAUCACAGUCGACACGGUGAUCAACAGCGGUGGACUUGGUGCCAUCUCCAUAUCCAACAUGCUCCUCCCCCCCGAACGGCAUCGUACCCCUUUCUACGCCAAGGGCACAUAUUUUUCCUACGCUGCAUCACAUCCCAAACCCCAAACUCUUCUCUAUCCCGCACCUGUACCUGGCCUAGGCGGCCUCGGCACGCACUUGACGCUCGACAUGGCGGGACGAGUACGAUUUGGCCCAGAUGUGGAAUGGGUCGACGAUCCGACGGACCUCAGUCCUAGUCCGGCCCGUCUCGACGCCGCCGUCGAAAUGAUACGCUCGUAUCUCCCUGGCAUUCAGCGAGAUGCCAUCGAUCUAGAUUAUUGCGGCAUCCGUCCAAAGUUGUCAAAAGGCUCCAGCGGCACUUUUGGGAAAGAUGGUACUGGUUUUGAAGAUUUUUACAUCGUUCACGAAGACGGCUUUCAGGGAUUCGUCAAUCUUCUUGGUAUCGAAAGUCCUGGUCUUACGGCUUCGUUGGCGAUUGCUGAAAAGGUGGAUGCAAUGCUGUAUGGGUGAUGAUCGAGGAGAAUACGACGAUUUAAUUGAGGAGAACAUGUAAAGUGUUAAGCAAGCCCUGAUACGGUGGUUUUGGAUAGGAGAAUCCGAGCGAUAUCAGCAUUAGUCCCACUUUGUAAAUUGCGGACAGUGUCCAUCUUCUUAUGAUCUAUAUGUGAAUAAUGGUACAUGGAAUUUAUACAAGAGGCGAGUUUU